UAACAAAGCGGGGUUAUUACGUGGUUGACCUGUAGGAGGCGCUGUGGUGCUAUGGUGUUGCCAAGGAAACGACUCACAACAACCGGCGCAGCUCCACCAACGGCAGCAGCAGCCACAAAUGUCCUGUCUGCGCUCGUAGCUGUUGGACGCGUCGCGUUCAGACUGAGUUAGGAAGUUGAGGAAGUUUUUCAGUUUGUUUCUGCAUGAACAGAGCUGGACAAUUAAACAACGACUUUGUCUUACUACAAGCUCAAGAAGCUCGCUGGUAUUCGGGAGGAUAUCACAGGAACAGAACAAAAGGACAAUAUUCCACAAUGGGGGUCUUGUGACUCUUAAGUUCAGCAGCAGUUCCUCAUAAAGCUCCAGCAGACCUCAGGAAAGGCUGGGGUGGUUUGAACUGUACCCUGGUGCAACAGGGAUGAUUGCAUCCCGUACAAAUGGUUAUGUGCAAGAAGCCUCCGCUCUGGCCGUGAGCCACAGGGAGCGGGCUGUGGACUGUCCGGGGCAGGAAGGUAGCCUCAACAAAUCUCCACACUGCAGCUCCCACAUGGAGAGGAUCCAGCAUUACCAGGAGGAGCUGAGGAAGCGGAAGGAGGAGGAUGGAAAGGGGAGGCAUGACAUCGAUCCCAACGCUUCGCUGAGGCUCAAGAAGCUGUCACAGAACCCAAAGAUCGGCAUUGACAAUCCCACCUUUGAGGGGAAGGAAAAGGCUACCAAUAAAGUGACGUGCCUAGAUCCUGUGUUGGAACUGGAUGAACUACUACAGGUUCUGAAGUGGGUCCAGCACAGCUUGAGUGACUCUCAGAGCCAGCAGGAUGUGGAAGUGACAAUGCAACUCCUUGCUAAGGAGGAAUUCAGGAAUGCCUACACAAUCUACAGCGUUCUGUCCCAGCAGACAAGCAGGAUCAGUCCCACCUCACCUCUGACAGUACAAGCACAGGAUCUCUGCCAGGAGGUCCAAAAGAUCCUCCAGACAAGUCAACAAAAGGAAGGUUUGGAGCUCAGCGCGCUGCUCACCAAUCCCCAUCUCCAGGCACUGAUGCAAGCUCAUGACAGCGUAGCGGUGCAGGAAAUUGCAGAGGAAAGCGUGACCCAGUACCUCGGAGAGACAGUUAAAUUAGUGCGGCUGCAGAAGGCCAGAGACACUCCACUGGGUGCAACAGUGCGUAAUGACAUGGACAAUGUGGUGGUGAGUCGUGUAGUGAAAGGCGGCGCAGCAGAACGGAGCGGACUCCUCAGUGAGGGAGACGAGAUCCUGGAGAUCAACGGUAUUCCUAUUCGUGGAAAACACAUCAACGAAGUGCACGACUUACUGCAAGAAAUGCAGGGAACUCUGACCUUCCUCCUCAUCCCGAGCUCUCACAAUAAACCUGCUCCCCACAGACAAACUGUGAUGCAUGUGCGCGCUUACUUUGACUACGAUCCCUCUGAUGACCCCUUCAUGCCGUGUCGGGAGCUGGGUCUGUCCUUCCAGAAAGGAGAUAUACUCCAUGUCAUUAGCCAGGAUGACCCCAACUGGUGGCAGGCCUACAGGGAUGGAGACGAGGACAACCAGCCUCUGGCUGGCCUCAUUCCUGGUAAAAGUUUCCAGCAACAGAGAGAGAGUUUAAAGAAAACGACACCAGACAAAAGUCGAGAGCAGCAAGGGAAGAUUUGGUGUUCAAAGAAAAGCAAGAAACUGAGAAGAAGGAACACAUCAACCUUGAACAGAAACACUGACUAUGAUGAUGUCCUGACCUACGAGGAAAUGUCCCUGUACCACCAGCCCGCUAAUCGGAAACGCCCCGUAGCUCUGGUUGGCCCGGCCAACAGCGGCCAUGACGAGCUGCGGCGGAGACUUUUAUCCAUCGAGCCGGAUAAGUUUGCCGUUGCUGUUCCACACACAACCAGAAGCCCAAGGAUACAUGAGCGAAAUGGACGCGAGUACCACUUUGUCAGUCGCUCGUCCUUCGAGGCUGACUUGGCUGCAGGGAAGUUCAUUGAGUCAGGGGAGUAUGAGAAGAACCUGUACGGCACCAGCACUGACUCUGUCCGACACGUCGUCAACUCCGGACGCAUCUGUUUGCUCUGCCUUCACACAAGGUCUUUGCAAGUACUGAGGUCGUCCAACCUCAAGCCAUAUGUCGUCUUCAUUGCUCCUCCUUCUCAAGAACGACUACGCACCCUGCUGGCCACAGAGGGGAAAACACUAAAACCGGAGGAGCUAAAGGAGGUCACUGAAAAAGCCCGAGAGAUGGAGCUGAAUUACAGCCACUUCUUCGACGCGACCAUCGUUAACUUUGAUCCAGACCAGGCGUUCCAGGAGUUUCGGAGAUUAGUAGAUAAACUGGACACUGAGCCGCAGUGGGUGCCGUCGUCUUGGCUCUGCUAGAGGUGGCCGUGUCCAGACACAAAGAAUCUCAGUGAACGAGAAGGUAAAGAGGAGACGGACAGUAUUACAGUGACACUGAAUUUUCACUUGCACAUUUUUAUUUUUUAUUUUUUGGAGCUUAAUUGCUACAGGAUGCUGCAGAGACAGACACUGUUGUAUUUGAUUGUCUUUUGUAGAUUGUUUUCUUCUAUUUUUGUGAUGGCUGUUCAAGGUCUUAGUUUUAUGCAGAAUCUUUUGUUUUCCAGAUAGACACAUUUCUAUGCUAUUUCUUUGACUUAUUUAUAAUUGUAAAUAUAUAUUCUUUAGACAGAGAGGUGAAAUAUUUUAUUGUUACGCCAGAAAUUGCGCAUUUGACACAUUUUUAAAGACAUUCUGGUGAAACAUCGAGCCAAAACAUCAUCAGGCAAAGAACUGAGUAGAAAUAGAUUCAUUGGAUUUAGUGUGAAGUCUCCCAUCUGCUGUUGAUGUCUCAGUGUCAGUAUUGUCUCAUAUGCCUUACAAAGGUACUUAUACUUAUCAAACUUUUUACCAUUUUGUCACAUUUCACGUUAAAUGUCAAAUAACUUCCUUGGAUUUCUUGAGACAGAUAAACACGAAUUAGAAAAUAACCAUGAAGUAGAUGAAAAGAGUUAUUUAUCAUUUGCCAAAAAAAAAAAUCAAAUCAAUAGGAGAUUCUCUGUGAAUAUGAAUUUUAAAGUCUUGCCGCAGAUUCUGAAAUGUAUUUAGGUCUGCAUACGUUAAAUUAAAGUAAGGCUGCAACAAACAAUUGUUUUAGUAAUUGAUUAUUCUAUCAAUUAUGCUGAUGAUUAAUCUAAUAAAAAAAUUGGCAUAUUCUGCAGAUUUUUCAUGUAACCACUUAAACCUUUUUAUACAAUAUUAGAAAUUUUAUUGCAAAAAAAAAAAAAAAGAAACUAAGAAUUUUAAAAUAAGAAAAUAAACAUUUUAUUGCCUAAAAUACAGCAUUCCUUCAUGAGAAUGUGAACCGGGCGAAACUAAGCCUAUGCCAUUCAAAGAGUUCUGGGUAAAACAUAUUUAUAGACAAAGAUGUUUUUAUCUUAAUUGCAAAAUCUAUAUUUCUUUUAUAUAAUUUUGGCUUAAUUACUGCUCUGAAUAAGUUGUUUUUUCCCCUAGCUAAUAGCAUUUAAGUCUGUACAUUCCAGUUAACAAUUAAUCAAUUACUGAAUUAGUUGACAAUUAUUUCAAUAAAGGAUUUAUCACAAUUAUUCCCAUUAAUGGAUUCACUCCCACAUCAUAAUGCUACCACAAUCAUGGUUACCAUAACAACAGUGUUUUCUACCAGAUGCAGCAUUUCCUCUGUAGCGCAGAAACUUCUGUUUUGGUCUGAUCUGACCAGCGAAAAGUCUUCUGGCAAAUUUAAAACAAGAGUUCCUUUUAUGAUACAUAAAAUCUAAAUGACACACAGUGACGUGUGUGGUAACGUGACAAAAUAUAAAGUUUAAUUAGUAUAAAUGCAUUUGCACGGCACCAUAUACUUUAGUAGUGCCCAACUACAUUAUCUGUGUAAUGCUGCGUAAUAUUGUUGAGAUGGUCUUCAUCAGUAUUGUACAAUUGUGACUUAUUAUUGAAUCUUUAAAAAUUUGGGUAAUUCUUAAGCACAACUUUUCAAAAGUGUUAAUAAAUUAAGAUUUGAAAAGAUAUUUUGUUGUAUUUUUAUUCUACUAAGCGAUUUGUUUUUUUCCUUUUUUGUUCAUGUUGACGCAGAACUCAGAUGGACUGUUUAGAACAUCUUUAAUUAUAUGAAGUGCCUGGCUUUGUUGACUCACGCACAUUUUACAGUGUUACAUUACAGGGAAUCUGUGUGAUGAUAAACACCCUGAUAUGAGGUCAGGAGCUCAACAGACUCUGACACUCUGAAGUCUUCAACCACCUCAAGACUUACGGCAUGCAGCGGUUCAAAA